AGCGAUGUUGGUUUUGAUACUAUGCUGGACCACAUCCUACACGGGAUUUAUCACCUUGUGCCUCAUGAAGUUGAAUGCGAUAUCAAGAAAACCAGCAAAGAUGAAAACAAUCCGAGGUUCCUUGAAAGCCCCUCAACCGUGGAAAUUAUUACCUAACAAUGGAUAAAACACAAGAUUGACUCGGUCGGUAAGGGAAGCAUUCCUCAAGGCUAUUUUAUAUUUCCUGAAUGAAAUUCGAAAUACCAAAUAUCUCAAUGGGGAUACCCCCCUUGGUGUGAAUCAAUUAAAUUCACUUAAAUGUGGGAUUGAGAUUGCAAUUUCCAUGAUGAUACCUUGCCUUCUACCAGGGGUUGGCGUAGGCAUACAAUACAUGUGCCCUAGAGCAGCCCAGCUACCUGCAGAACAGCUGACAGAUUUUCAGAAAUACGAGCGAUUGUCAAAUGUUGUAAAAACAAUAUUGAACUGUUUUGAUGAAUCUGCAAUGCGACCCGCAGUCUUACCGCAAAUUGGGUCACUUCUGGCUGCCUUGAUACAGCUGUCAAGUGUACCAUUGACGAAACCCUGCAGCGAGAGUGGAAAUGGCUCAGGGAGCACAUUUCGCAUGUCGGCAGAUAUUUACAAUCAAUUGAAAAGAGAGCAAGAACAAUUUAGAGUAAGCCUUCUUUCAUUCAUUGACAAAUUGCCGCAGUCCAUCAUUAUCAAAGAGUUGAUGAUCAUUUUUGGAGUUCAACGUGCUCCGCGGUGGUUGCGUAGAGAAACUCAACGACUUCUCAUCAGCAGAAUAAUGAAGCCUAACGGUAUCACAUCUUUAGUGCUGUCAAUGUGUGACGAUAGCUUGGAUUCAGGAGCUCAUUGGGCAAAGCUCGAUGUCAUUGCAAAAUUGAUUGCCACUCCUCAAGGCUCUGAUCCAGACAUUUACUACAAUUCCAUAUGUUCCCAGCUGCUGAAUCUUCUUGAAUCCAAAGGAAAAGAUUCGUUGAUAGUAACAAGUUUGUGCAUAAACGCACUGUACGAGAAAAAUCCAACAGUUUUUACUAAACAAAUUCUCAAUCCGAUUAUGGAACCUCUGCUGGUGACAACUGGGAAAUCUGAGGUAAUGGAGGUACUGAGAACUGAGAUUGAAGUUACAAAGUGUGUGGAAAAUCUUUCAAAAUGUUUCAUCUCGAAUGGAGCUGAAUUUAAAUGCCUACCAAGCAAACUUCUCUCUGUAAUUGCCGUUCCGUUGUUUCGCCUUUACACUAAAGCACAUCGCACUGUUUACUUGCAUCGAAAGAACUUGGAGCAAUUAAUGCUUCUGCUCUUGCAUGAGGAAUCAAUGCAAACGGAUCUUUUCUCCAUAUUUCUUGUACAGCACAGAUCAAAUCAUGACGAGCAUGAUUUUGGUAAUAAUUUGACUUUCCAAUUUGGUCCUAACAGCGAAUUUGAAGUAACGAAUCAAGUUGAAUAUAUUGGUUGUGACGAAUUUGGUGAUUGCCUUUUGCACUUAGUACAGAAUGACAAAAUAUUGUCGUAUAAUUUAUUCUGCUAUUUGUUGGAAUCACUAUCAAGUUUGAAUGAAAAUUGUCAUUGCCAAGAUGACGAUAUUGCGCACAACAUGGAAGUAAAAUUGGUGUAUGCAAAGCUGUUAUCCGUUCUUGCUGAUACUCAUGCAAUUCAAGAAGCAUACAUUAGAGAUCCAGAGCAUAUUCUAUCGUUUGUAAUAUCAUUGGUCGAAGACAAGUCAGCAAGUGAUAAGGAAAAUGGAAAUGAAAUUGGCACAGAAUUUGACGUUUUGUACAUCAGUCUAAUGCUUGUAAAAUUCAUCCUUGAGAAUAAACGAAAAUCCAUAGAUUGGAAGCCAUUUGACAAAUUGGCGAGUUCUUUAGACAAAUUAAAAACCUGUAACAUAACAACUGAACUCUCCACGCUGGUCAAAGAAGUGACGAACCAUAUAAAAACAAAGGGUGCAUUGACCCGACCUCGCUACCAAGAUUUAUCAGUAUCAAACGAAGAGGUGACUGAGUUCGAUAAAGCUAUUCGAGACCUUGCUGAUCCUCUGUUGCCAGUCCGUGCGCAUGGUUUGAUGUUGCUGACGAAGCUUGUUGAACGUUCAGACCGCAAUGUAAUUGCCCAGAAGGAUAUUGUCUUAUACCUUUUUCAAGAAAAUUUAAAACAUGAAGAUUCAUUCAUAUACUUGAGCGCCAUCAAUGGACUCGCGACGCUAGCCUCCGUUUAUCCUGAAAAAGUAAUCGAAGUGCUGGUGCACGAAUUUAUCGACAUAACAUCUGCCAGUAAAGAGUGCACAAUUUCACCCGAUAAUCGGGCUAAGAUUGGGGAGAUCUUAGUCAAAGUGACAAGAUCCCUUGGUGAAUUGGCACCUGCUUAUAAAAACAUAUUGAUCAAUGGAUUUCUAUGCGGUACACGCGACGUUGAUCCUCUGGUGAGAACCUCCAGUUUAUCCUGUCUGGGAGAACUUUGUAAAGUGUUGGGAUACCGUUUAGGAAAUAUAAUCGUUGAGGUGAUAUUCUGCAUCGGGUGUAUAAUAAAAACUGACAAAAUAGCGGAAUGCCGUAGAGCCGGUGUUAUGGUGACUACAUUAUUGCUACAAGGCCUCGGAAAAGCUGCGCUAAUCAGUCUCGGAAGCGAUUUAGUUCCGCUCUAUCGAGCUCUGUUGAGUUUACAACGUGAUGAAGAUCAGGUACUACGUCUUCACGCGCAACUCGCUCUUAACGAAUUAGACGAUAUCGUGCGAGACUUUCUUUUCUCAAAGCCCAAGCUUGAGAAAAGCAUAUUUGUGUUGGAACCAACAGUAUGACGACAAGAAGAAUCACACACACCAAACCGAAUUCCAAAACCUCUAUAUUGAACAAAAAUAAUGAUCUUAUCGAUCUGAAUGACAUUCCACUCUUGGUGAAACACUUUCCCUGAAACUGGGAAUGAGUAAGCAAUGAACGAAUGUGAAUUUUG